AUGAGACAGGAUGUUGUCAACAAUAAACUUAAGGAUGUCCCACCUAAGAAUACUGUUGAGUCAGCUUCAAGGAUUGAUGAUGUUCAUGCACCUGUUACUCAUGCUAGUGGUCUGAAAGGUUCAUCUGGAAAAUCCAGUGAUAGCUUUGGUACCAAAGUAGCGGAUGUAUUAUCAGAAGCUGCUGGCAAUGAUGUUGCUGCAAAGUACCACAUCAAAAUUAGUAUAGCAGACAAAAUUGCAUUAUGGGUUGUCGGUGUACCUUCUUUUUGUCUCAGUGAUGAGUUUGAUCCCAGCGGCAAUGGUGAGUCCAAGCAAGCUGAGAAUGCACAUGCUGAUGCCCAAUGUGAUGUUGGUAAUACUCAUGGCAGAGAUCGUAUCGAGCAUUCAAAUAGACAAGAGCAAACUAAUGCGACAGGAUGUGCUGGUAAUCGUUCUUCAUCUUCUGGAUACAAGUCUUCUUCAGUUAAGAGUUUCAUGUAUUUGGAGGAAUCCAAAUUAGGGCAAAGCAACCAAUCUGGGAGUAGUAAAGUUCCCUUCGUUAGCUCCGAAGAUUCAGGAGCACAUCAAGUUAAGCAAGGCAUCUCUGAACCGGAGUGCUCCUCAAUGGCCUUGCCCUGUUUCCCAGGUCCCAUUGAGCCCACCCCCAUUGAUGUUGAUGAUUCACAGAGCUCUCCAAAGUCUCCAGAUGUUGUUGUCACUGGUCAAAAAUAUGGAUACCCACACUGGACUCCAAAGUCUCCAGAUGUUUUUGUUACCAAAACUACAUUUUUCAAGGCAAGUUGUGAAGCACAGGCGAAAAAGGCUAAUCAAAUGUACAAUGAUGACCAGGUUUCAUGUUUCAAGAGAUUGGAGGUCAUAGGUUUCAUGCUUGGAUCUUCUUCUAAAGGAGAUGUUCCACGUCGGAAGAGACGUAUACUGGUACCUAAUUCGUAUUUUAGGGAUUUUGAGGUGAAUAAAUGCACUGCUAGGAUACACUUUUCUGUUAACGAGAAGUUAGCAUAUGAGUGUUUGAUGUUCUACUCUGUGUCUCCCGAGCACUCCAAAGAGGUUGUAAUUAAUUAUGGGAAAGUCUGUGUGACAUUUCAUGAGCUUGGGUCAUCGUUAAGUCGCACUGACAAGGUUCCUGUUCACAGUCAUGUGAUUAAUGCUCUAUGCCGUAAGCUUUUCAAAGAUAGACAUCCCAGUGUUUCACGCCGGCAUUACUUCUUCUCUACUGCUGGAGACUAUUUGAUCCGAAAUGAAGGAAAUUUAAACUACCACAAAAACAAUUGUGAGAGGUGCUUCAGGUUUGCGAACCAGUGUUUCAGUUUCAUGUCCUCAGACCUAGUAUGUAUGUAUUUUAAAAUUUCUUAAUAUUUACUAUACUCAGACUAGUGUUUCAGUUUCUUGUCGUGAGACCAUUUUUUUUUACAGUUGUUUUUUCCUAUAUGUCAUGAGAACCAUUGGUUUGUUUUCAUCGUUGCAAUUCGAGAUGGUUAUUUUGUAUUCUUCGAUUCCGGCUUUGGGGAGAAUCAUUACUUUCAGGAGAAAGCAAGAUCAGUCAUUAUACCAAAUUUUGUCAAGGCUUGGGAUGAAUUCAUCGGUUAUAAUUAUGAGUUUGAAGAUUUUGUUAUUCACUAUGCGCCAGUGCCAAAACAAGAUAUAGAAUAUUGGUCGAAACAUGAUGAUGGUAUUUUUGUAAUGAAAUACCUUGAAUUGUGGGAUCCUUAUAUGAAUAUGAUGGUUCAAUUCCAGCCGUCCAGUAUUAAUGAUAUAAGAGUUAAGUAUGUUUCUGAAAUGAUCUUCAGCAAGCACAAUGAGAUGAAUUCUGCAAAGGAGCUAAUUUCAAACUUUGAAGCUAUGAAUAACAUCAUGAUGUCCGCCAACUUUCAGCCUGCAAGCUCCCUCAACUUUUAGUUCUGUGUAGGAUGUCGUGCAGUCAUGAUUACUGCUUCUGUAAAUACCAGUAGUGAAUGUUAUGGUAUUGUAGUAUGAUAUGGUGACAUGACAGCUUUGUGUACUAUGUUUAGUUUUACAUAUGGUGGCAUCAACUCUGUAACUGAUAUUGUGGUUCCUGCUUUUCUGCUAGUUCGUUAGGUUCUAUAAUUUGCAUUUUACCUGAA